AUAUAUUGUCCCACUCUUCCCCCUUCUUCUUCUUAUAGCCCAUUGUUUCAUUCCUAUCCCGCCCGGUCUACAUACGGGGAAUACUCCUACGUCUCAACCUCCCCAAAGGACGGGGCUAUUACAGGGCUGAUACUUACUGCUAUCCGUCCCUCGCCGUAGUCAACCAUAUCAUCUCAAACACCCGGUUCACCGAGCAGGCCGUGUGCACGAGCGUGCGCUUCAAAUCAUGUCCGCCGAGCAAGAACACCAUCACCCUGGUGGCCACUACUCAGGGCUUAACCGAAUUCCCAACAUUAAAGAAUUCGCCGCUUCGCUUGAUAGGGACAAGAAAGAACGUGAUGCCAAGAUCGACGCUGAUCUCAGGGGAAACAAACACAAUAAUGAAAUUACACAGCAUGAAGUCGAAAAAGGCCAUCUUGCCGGCCAUGGGAGGGUCGUGACUGAUCCCGUCACUGGUAAAGAAGUCCAGAUAGAUGAUGUCAACAGCGACUUCAAGAAGGCCGUCGAGAACCCAACGUUGUCCAUACCAAAUGCUAAUCUAGGCAAAGACACACCAGUAAAGACCGAGGCAACUCAGUCUGGGGAGGAGUAUCGGAAAAAUCAAGACAUCACGGCCCCGCCUGAUCCCAUAGUCGAAGGUGCUACAUCAGAUGUGCCAAUUCACGGCGAGAAAACCAACGUUUUAUUUCAUCCAACCCCUUCUGUCAGCUAUGAGCCCAUGUACAAUGUCAUCGAGCAGCGCGCCAGUAUACUAUGCAUUGCAAUUUUCUUUUCAAUCAUCUUUUUUGGAAAAACGUUUGGAGGCAGACUACUCGGUCUUAUUCCACUGUCCAUAUGCGUUACGUCCGGUGUCUUCCUCUGGAUGAAGGAUUUGGUUCGCCGCGGUCGUGACAUAGAAUGGUCAAGCGAGCAGAAGCGAGGUGAAACUGCCGUUGUGAAUCUUAUCCCCGAAUCGGUUGAGUGGAUGAACUCGCUACUUAGCAUUAUAUGGGGCCUGAUAAACCCUGAGAUGUUUGCUUCAGUAGCUGAUACCCUAGAGGAUGUCAUGCAAGCUUCGGUCCCUGGCAUUAUCGAGAACGUAAAAGUCGCCGACAUUUCACAAGGGAACAACCCACUACGCAUACUAAGCCUACGGGCCCUUCCCGAUGGGCAUAUGAAAGAAAUCAAAGAUGAGAUGCGCAAGAAGAACGAGAAAGAUCAGGAUCCACAAGAAAUCGCCGCAAACGAAGAAGGUGGUGACUAUUACAACCUUGAAGCUUCAUUUGCGUAUCAUGCCAAACCGUCUUCACAAGCCGUGUCUUCCAAGGCUUCCAAUAUGGGCAUGCAGUUGAUCUUCUUCCUGGGUAUCAAGGGACUCUUUGGUGUUCCAUUGCCCAUUUGGGUGGAACUCAAUGGUCUUGUUGGUACGGUGAGACUUAGGUUGCAGAUGUCCCCUGAACCGCCCUUCCUCAAAGCCGUCACAUUUACUUUGAUGGGGGUUCCCAAAGUCGAAGCUAGCUGCACACCCAUGAUUGAGCGAGGUGUCAAUAUUCUUAACUUGCCUCUGAUUUCGAACUUUGUCAACUGGGCUAUCAAGACCGCUGCUAGUAUGUAUGUGGCCCCGAAGAGUAUGACUCUUGAUCUUGGUAAGAUGCUUCAGGGCGACGAUAUUCUGAAAGAGACUGAGGCCUUGGGAAUCCUCUUCAUUCGUAUCCACAAGGCUACUGGUCUAUCAAAGCAGGAUCGACGUGGAUCCGAAGGUGGUGGUUCCGACCCCUACAUCACCGUUAGCUUCUCUAAAUUCGGCAAGCCUAUGUAUUGCACUCGCGUCAUUCAAGAUGACUUGAAUCCGGUCUUUGAGGAGACCUGUGCUCUCAUGGUUAAUGCAGACCUCAUCAAAGCUGAUGAACAACUAUCUAUGGAACUUUGGGACAGUGAUCGCUCAAGCGCAGACGAUGUUGUCGGCAAGGUCGAGCUGUCGCUACAGAAGCUGAUCCAGCAUCCUGGAAAGAUGUACCCACAGGUUUCUAAGCUCCGCGGUGUCAAGGCAGGAAGUGAAAUGCCUGGUGAGCUGCACUGGGAAGUUGGAUUUUUCGGUAAAACCCAAUUCCGAAGUGCGUUGCGAACUGAUGGUAAAAACGUCAACUUGCCCAAGGAACUCCGGGACAAGAAGGAGCUACAGGAUGAUAAGGGUGCUAUUGAAAACGAGCAAGAAGAUGCUGUCACCCAUACGCCUCCCGACCCACUCUUCCCUUCGGGUAUCCUGAGCAUUGUGGUCCAUCAGAUAGUCGGCCUAGAACUGGCCAAUGUGAAAGGUUCUCAGGGUGGAAAACGUAAAGGAGGCAAAGAAUAUGAACCCGCUAGAGAUGCUGGCGAGAUCAAGGAAGAAUCUGCCAAAACUUUACCAAGUGCUUAUUGCACCAUCUGCUUGAAUGACGAAUUGGCCUACAAGACAAGAACUAAGGUAGUUUCUUCCAAGCCAAUUUUCAACGCUGGAACGGAACGAUUUGUUCGUGACUGGCGAUCUUCUAUUGUUACAGUCACCGUUCGUGACUCCAGGAACAGGCAGCACGACCCAAUUAUCGGAGUAGUCCCUCUCAAGCUCUCGGAUAUCUUACAAACUAGCAGUCAGUCGACUCGCUGGUACCCAUUAGAUGGAGGCAUUGGUUAUGGCCGUAUUCGGAUUUCACUCCUGUUCCGCUCUGUUGAUCUGAAGUUACCCCCUCCACAGCUGGGCUGGGAUGUCGGCACGUUCGAAUUCAAGUCAGAUAAUCUCACGGCUACUGCUUUCACUGGGACAGGAAAGGGCAAAGUCAAACUUUCAAUGAGAACCGGGGGUAGCUCCGCAACAAUCAAGCGCGACCAGUGCGCUGUAGAAGGGGAUAUUGUGCGUUGGGAUAUCAGCGGCGUCACCAAUAACCCCAGACCUCGGUUGCCUGUCAGAUAUCGCUACCGCUCGCCAAUCUUCAUCGAGUUCCAUCUUCCCGGAAAGCGCCACGUCGAGUAUUUCGCCGCUUUAUGGCUGCUAGAGCUGAUCGAUAACGAGGAGCAAGACUUUGACAUCCCCAUCUGGAAGUGCAACCAUGCCACACGGCUGUCGCAGAAUUACAUCACGGAAGAGAAUUUCAAAGAAAUCCCCGACAUUCAGAUGGAAGAAGUUGGUCGUCUGCGCUUCCGUGGCAGGUUCAAAGCUGGCACAGAUCUUGACCAUCUCCGUUUUGUGAGCGACAACAACUCGCGCGAGACAAUAGAGACUUGGGAGGCUUGUUUCGCCGAGGGCGUCCGACAAGAAGAAGUUUCCAAUGCCCUGCCCCCAACGAUCCAGAAACUACACGAUGAGUCAAUGAACCAAGGUCGGGACGUACUGGCCGCCGCGCCAGCUGAGGAGAAGGAGAAGUGGCUCGCGAGGGACGGCACAGAUUGGUCUGGCGCCUUCGGCAAAGACCCCGCUGAAAACAUGGGCGGUGAGCGAGGAGCAGACGAGUCCACCGACCACUACGACGACUCCGACAGUGAUGCAGACUCUCCUGUCGAGGGCAUCGGGCACCAGUCCUCAGACUUAGGCGUCAAGGACGCUACUACAUCUGGCGACGCCCACGGAGACGACCUCCAUAAGGCCAGGACAUCCUCCACGGGAGAGUCCGACUCGGGCGUCUCGGUCGAUUCCAAGAGCAGCAAGAACCCCAUUGCGCAGUACAAGGACUACAAGUCGCGCAGCCGCGACCUGCACCGCCAGCACCGUGGGCUCAUGCAGUGGCGUCCCAUGCGCAAUGUGCAGUUCGCCAAGGACGAGGCCAAGUUCGCAGUCCGUCGGCUGACGAAGGUUGGCUCGUUGAGCGGACGGCAGCCGGAUGUCGAGACUGAGAUCUAGGGGAUACAACCACAUUGUGGUUGCUGAUCAACUAAUACUUGGAGACGAGGAAUAAUCAAAAUAAGGAUUCAUGAAUAGGAUGGUAUUGAAUCAUAUAUUUUUUUUGUGUAGUAGAUAAUUGGGUAUUUGUAAUUUUGUAUUGAUAUGUGUAUCACAGA